AAAUGAAAAAGUUGAGAAGGGUGGCGAGUGAGUGACUUGCACUGCGAGAGUCCUUUCGGCUUUCUCCACUUCCAACUCCAGCAAAAAAGCGAAUCUCUCCAUCCUACUUUCUCUCUCCAACACUCUCUCUCGCCAAGAUUUAGUGUAUAUUUGUACAGUACAUGAACAAGUACUGGAAGAAAACAUGAAUCUUGCUCUCCCACGUCUGUAAAUCCACUUUUGCUCUUUUUAAUCUUGGUUUUUAAUUCACUCCACUUAUUUCACAUUUCAGUCGUCCAAAUUGCGGUUGAUUCUUUUCCACUGCAUACUGAUGUAAUACAGUCCCACUUUCUAUCUGUCUACUUUUCUUGUUUUUCAUCGUUUUGAUGGCUUCAUCUUCUUAGUGCCCUUUUCAUCAUAUUGGAAGAAAGGCAAGAAAUGGGGAGUGUAGGAGUUCUUUUCCUCUUUGUUUCUUUAUAUGUUGGUCUUCUCAUGGAUGUUUCCACAGCCCAGAUGCCAGGUUUUGUAAGUCUGGACUGUGGUGGCACGGAUAAUUUUACGGAUGAGAUAGGCCUCUUCUGGAGUCCUGAUAACUAUAUGUUAAGCGGAGAAAUUGCCAACAUUUCAGUAGCCAAUGAGACUAGAAAACAGUACAAGACACUGAGAUUCUUCCCAGCAGAUAACAAUAAGUAUUGCUACACACUCAAUGUGGUUAGUAGGACUAGGUAUCUUAUAAGAACAACCUUCUUGUAUGGAAACUUUGAUAACAACCAUGUGUAUCCCAAGUUUGACAUUUCAUUUGGGCCAACCCAUUGGGCUACAAUAGUAAUCUCGGAUGCUAAUACAAUAGAGAGUCAGGAGCUAAUAUUUCUGGCUACAGAUCCUGCCAUCAAUGUUUGUUUGUCCAAUGCUACAACUGGACAGCCCUUUAUAUCGACUCUUGAGCUCCGGCAAUUUAAUGGUUCCAUCUACUUCAAUCAAUAUGAGAACCAGUUUUUCCUUAGUUUAUCAGCAAGAAUAAACUUUGGUGCAGAGAGUGAUACACCAGUCAGGUAUCCGGAUGACCCAUUUGAUAGAAUAUGGCAGUCAGACUCUGUGAAAAAGGCUAACUACCUUGUUGAUGUUGCUCCUGGAACUGAAAAAAUAUCAACCCGAAUGCCAAUUGAUGUCAGCGGGGAUGAAAGGCCACCCCAAAAGGUGAUGCAGACGGCUGUAGUUGGCAGAAAUGGGUCAUUGACAUACCGCCUGAACCUCGAUGGUUUUCCUGGUACUGGUUGGGCAUUCACAUAUUUUGCCGAAAUUGAAGAUUUCGAUCCAAGUGAUACUAGAAAAUUCAGGCUAGUGCUCCCUGGCGAUCCUGAAUUGAGCAAGGCUGUUGUAAAUAUCCAAGAGAAUGCCCAAGGGAAAUAUCGGCUUUAUGAGCCAGGAUAUUACAACAUUUCUCUACCAUUUGUUUUAUCUUUCAGAUUUGCCAAGACUUCUGAUUCCACAUUGGGCCCUCUCCUGAAUGCAAUGGAGAUAAAUAAGUAUCUGAAAAAGAGUGAUGGCUCUGCAGAUGGACCACUCCUUGCUGCUGUAACGUCAGCUUAUUCAUCAGCUGAGUGGGCACAGGAAGCUGGCGACCCAUGCCUCCCGGCUCCAUGGUCGUGGGUCCAGUGUAGUUCAGAUCAACAACCAAGAGUGACAUCAAUUAAACUAUCAGGGAAGAAUUUGUCAGGAUCAAUUCCGGCACAGUUUACAAACUUGGAUGGCCUAGUUGAGUUAUGGCUUGAUAAUAACUCACUGAGUGGUUCAAUACCUGAUUUUUCUGGAUGCCCUAACUUGAAAAGAAUACAUCUUGAGAACAAUCAAUUGACUGGUGACCUGCCUGCUUCCUUGGCAGAUCUGUCAAGUUUGAGAGAAUUGUAUGUUCAGAACAAUAUGUUGUCGGGAGAAGUACCAUCUGCUCUUCUUAAUAAAAAUCUUUUUUUAAACUACACUGGAAACGCUGGUCUCCAUAAGGGAAGCAAUGGAGGGAACCAUAAGAAGAUUAUUAUAGGAUCAUCAGUCGGAGCAGCUGUUCUGCUUAUUGCUACUAUUACCGCCUGCAUUUUAAUGCCCAAAGGAAAUAAUUCAUCUAAACAAGGAAAACUUCAACAUGGUUUGCCCACUCAAAAGCUUGCAUCUUCCCUUGGUGACACUGCAGCUGAAGCUGCGCAUUACUUCACUUUAUCGGAGAUCGAGGAUGCCACAAAGAACUUUGAGAGAAAAAUUGGAUCAGGAGGCUUCGGUGUAGUAUAUUAUGGUAGACUGAAGGACGGAAAAGAAAUUGCAGUCAAAAUUUUGACUAAUGAUUCCUUCCAGGGGAAGCGAGAAUUUUCAAAUGAGGUGUCUCUUCUUUCAAGGAUACAUCACAGAAAUUUGGUCCAGUUUCUUGGCUAUUGCCAAGAAGAUGGGAAAAGCAUUCUUGUGUAUGAGUUCAUGCAUAAUGGGACUCUUAAGGAGCAUCUAUACGGGCCCUUAACACAUGGAAGAGGUAUUAAUUGGCUCAAGCGCCUUGAGAUUGCUGAAGAUGCUGCAAAAGGAAUUGAGUACCUUCACACUGGUUGUGUUCCAUCAAUUAUUCAUCGGGAUUUGAAGACCAGCAAUAUUCUUCUUGACAAGAACAUGAGAGCUAAGGUUUCAGAUUUUGGCCUUUCGAAACUAGCAGUAGAUGGAGCUUCCCACGUUUCUAGUAUAGUUCGAGGAACUGUUGGUUAUCUUGAUCCGGAGUAUUACAUCUCCCAGCAGUUGACAGACAAAAGCGACGUUUAUAGCUUCGGGGUCAUUCUCCUGGAGCUACUAUCUGGUCAAGAAGCAAUUUCUAAUGAAAGCUUUGGCAUUAACUGCCGAAAUAUAGUCCAAUGGGCGAAGAUGCACAUUGAGAGUGGGGACAUACAGGGAAUCAUCGACCCCUCAUUGCAUGACUAUGACAUCCAGUCCAUGUGGAAAAUAGCCGAAAAGGCUUUGAUGUGCGUCCAACCCCACGGGAGCAUGAGACCAUCAAUCUCCGAAGUUAUUAAGGAGAUCCAAGAUGCAAUCACAAUAGAGAAAGGAGCAGAAGGCGUGAGAGAGGGGAGUUCGGAUGAAAUAUCAAGGCACUCCGUUCAUUCUUCCCUAAACUUGGGUUCGUUGGAUUUGGGCGCCAGCGAGCACUAUUUGUCCAUCGAUGACUCCAUUGCACGCCCGACUGCUCGAUAGAACAUUACCUCUGAUCAAGCAGCUCUUAUUUGCAAAGUUUUUGAUUGAUGAACUUUUUGAUUGGUAAUUUUGCUGUCUUAUUUGCUUGGAUAAGCAACAAAUUCUUGAUGUAGAGUUACUGUAAAUCCCAACCUUCUUGGAAGAGUACAUAUCUUUUGAGUCUUCAACAUUUAUUUAUGGAAA